UUUUUCGUUCGAGGCUUUGUUUUCGAGAAAAUCGACUUUGAAUUUUCGCUCGGUACGCGUGCGGUACGUUAUAACGGAUCUCACUGUAGAUCGUUGUCUCGAUGGAAAAAUUAAAAAAAAAGAAAUUAAAAAAAAUUUUUAUUCUAUAUUUUUUACUUCUUUUUUUUUGCGUAGAAUCACCCCCUUUCCGCUUGUACCGCCAAUUACCAACCACCCUGUAUAUCUCGUUGUAACAAUCGCGUCGAAUGGAAAAUUAAACGCGCGCGAAGAAUUCGGAUCGAUCUCUUUAUCAAACAAACUGUAGCUGCGCAAUCUUGUCGUCGUUGCGGUGAAAAUGACGCCGAUCGAGGGAAAAUAACGACGCGAAUUCAAAUACGGUAGUUCAAAAGACUGUUUUGAAUUUCGAUUAAUUGCGGGACGUAGUAGCCGCGUAUUGGUUACCAACACCUACAUUCUCAAUCACGCGCAACUUCUGUUGUCGCUAAUUAUCGUUCAUUGUCAGUCGCUGAUAAUUACGAUUAAAACCGUCUCUUUCAUUAGUAGCGAAAUAUGCUUGUUUAGUUGGAUCAAUAAGUACCACGGUAAAUUUGCACUUUUCCGUAAUUACAAUUCACUCGUGUGAAGCCAGGCGACAAUUUUUAUCCCAUGGCAAACUAGAAUUUGCAAACAGGACCAAGAUUCUGCAAAUAUUUUCACACUGCUUUCGGCAUUAUUUUGUAUCGAUGUAUUCGAGUAAAGUUAAGUUCAGUUCACUGAUCGAAACAAACGAGCGUUCGUGCAAACGAUAUUUUCGGGAUUUCUAAAUAGUUAAAUUUUUUGUGAUGUUUGUCGCUGAUUCUUGGUAAUUGCUAGCGACGAUCUUGCAAAAUUUUAAGUCUACGUUUUCUUCUUUCGGGAACGCGCGAACGUUCAUUUUCCUAUCCACUCGUUUGUGGUUCGAUGGUGGUCGAAAUGACACGAAAGAUAAAUAGAGCCGCGAAAACGUUACCAAAGAAAAAAAUGCGAAAAUUCUGGCCGACGAAGAUCGUUGCAUUGAUUGUCUCGGCUAUUCAAGAUCUUCGCGAGACAAAGGGAUCAACGCCUAGUAAAAUUAUUGGCUAUAUCAGUUAUGGUUCUAACGUGGACGAUGGGAAGGUUAAGCGACAAGUAAAAUCAGUCUUGAAGAGAGGUUUAAAAUACGGUAUACUAAGAAGGUACCGAGGGCACUAUUUCCUUCCUACCUGCGACGAAUUAGAUCGUGCAAAUCGUAUCGCCUUGAGAUUUGCUAAAUUACCGUUGCCCUCUGCAUAUGCCACGAAAUCGAACGUGCUAUUUCCCGGUAAAAUCGCACCAAUGGCAAGUCAGAGAAAGACGGGCAAGUCUACCGCAAAAUUGCGAAGAACGAAACGACUUGGGAAACCUCGUCCAAUAUUAAUCUCUCCUACCACUAGUUUAACGAACGCAGUUUGCAACGCUGACGAAUUAUGAACAAUGGGUCGAAAUAUUUACUAGAAAAUUAAAGGAGAGCGUUGUUUGUCCGUUACAAUAACGAAAAAUCUGCGAUGUUAAUAAUUGUAUCGUUCUAUCGUAACCAUUUGUUCACGGAUCAAUAGUUGUAAAAAUUGUUGAAUAAUUGAAAUAUAUUGGAUGGAAUUUUGCUCGUAUAAAUAACUCGAUAAGCGUCUGAAUUUUUUCGUAUUUUGUUAAUUAGUUGUUUCAUAUAGUAUCUGUAUUGGAAAAGCCACAGUACAAUAAGUUUUAAUAAAUCUUUGAAUUUAAUAUGCUGAUAAUAGAUUUGAAAAUAGUAAUAUUAUCUGUCUAAAAUUUAUUUGAAAUUGUAACCGCGGUAACAUUUUUACAACGUUGUCCGUUACCUACUCAUUAAAAAAUGUUGGUUUAAUUAUAUUGUAAAUUGAACGCUUGCUACUGUAAUGAAAACUUGUACAUCACAGAUCUCAUUAAAAGUAUUGAAACGAAACUGCAAUAGAAUGUGCGUUGUUUUGAAUGUAUUAAAUGCGUAAUUGGAAAAAUAAAUUACUAUAUGAAAAACGUAAUCUCUAA